UCGUCCUGGAACACGGUUCAAAGUUGGCAGGAAAUGUUGAUUUCGGCAGGAAAGGGACGAGGUCGUUCUUACCCUGCGAAAGCUGAUGACGACUACCCCCAGUCUGACGGAGACCGGUUUCCCAUCGCUCGGUAUUGGUGGAACGAGGGAGUCGUAGUCCUGCAAGAGAGUGUCUUUCAGCUUCUUCGUGCUCUCGUGUCGGAACAGGAAGAAUCUGGCAUCCCUAGCGAGUCGUCAGAUCGAUGGUGGGGGAGUCGGCCGUGACAUCUAGCGUAGGAUUGUCGCACUUCCCAUUCUCCCUCGGAUCACCUCGGCACGAGCCUCCCACGAUGCUGACUUCCAAGCCAAGUGCCUCUUCUGUUGGCCCCCUUCUUCAGCAGUUCACUAUGUUAGCUACGGCUGUGCAGAAUCAGCUGAUCAUCGAUCUCCGCUUUUACGGAGUGAAAAACGUACGCUUGCGUACAUUUUGCAAUUUGCCGCAGGAGGAAACGGAGGAAAAUUUGUGCGUGAAGGAAGAAAAGAAGCCGAAAAGAACAUGGAUCCUAGUCACAGUCGUGGCCGUGGCCCUCGGGAAUGCCUUUCCAUUGGGUUAUCAUCUCACCGUGCUCAAUGCACCUCAGGAAGCAGCUAUGCAGUCUGUCCUUGAAGGUCCUCUUCGAGAUGGUUUGAAGAACUUCAGAUGA